GCCGAUCUCCGAAUAAGCAUAAAUAAUGAAAGAAAAAAGUUUCUAAUUUUCCACAUCUUUCUCUUCUUUUUCCUGCUACCAAACAAACCCUCCAGUUCUUUUCUGGUCUCCCCGAGUUCAAACAAACUGGGCCAGAUCGAAGCAGCCAAGAACUAUACUAUACCAGUAACAUAAACUGUGGAAUAGCCGAGAAGCUAUCCCUCAAACAUUAUCCCAUCCAAGCAGGUCAAAUCCAAGCCGCAAUUCCAUUUCCAGCCAUGGCCCCUCCCACACUCCUCCUCUCUUCCACCUCAUCUCACCUUCUCCUCUCAAACCCUAACAACACCAACCCAUCUCUCCGCUCUAAUUCCUUCUCCAGCCUCUCUCUCAAACUCACUCGCAAAUCCCCCAAGUCCCUCACCGUCGCCGCCGCCGCCAAGAAGGCCGUCGCCGUCCUCAAGGGCACCUCCUCCGUCGAAGGGGUCGUCACCCUCACCCAGGGAGACGAUGGUCCAACGACUGUGAAUGUUCGCAUUACCGGACUCACUCCGGGGCCUCAUGGGUUCCAUCUUCAUGAGUACGGAGAUACCACAAAUGGGUGUAUUUCGACAGGAGCACACUUCAAUCCUAAUAACAUGACACAUGGUGCUCCUGCGGAUGAAAUCCGUCAUGCGGGUGACCUGGGAAACAUAGUUGCCAAUGCCGAUGGGGUGGCAGAGGCAACAAUCGUCGAUAGCCAGAUACCACUUAGUGGACCUAAUGCAGUCAUCGGCAGAGCCUUGGUAGUUCAUGAGCUUGAGGAUGACCUUGGAAAAGGUGGUCACGAGCUAAGCCUUACCACUGGCAAUGCAGGUGGACGACUGGCAUGUGGUGUGGUUGGUUUGACGCCAGUGUAAGGACCAAUCCUUGUUUGGUAUCGAUCUGCUAUGCAUUGUCACUACACUCGCAUGUCUCGUAUAGAGGUCAUCCUUAUUCAAAUCCACGUUGUGUACUCUAGAAUUUUAUGAACGGCGAUCGUGGGUAGCAGUGCUUGUGGAGUUAAACGUGUUUUUGUGCGUUCACUAUUCAAAAAAUAAUGUGCGGCAUGGAUAUUUGUUAACGUGUUAUAACGUGGUGUUUACAUCACAACUUAGAUAUGACGCCCUUUCUAUGCCUCAAUUUGUUAAAUUUACUCAAUUUCGAAGCUGAUAUUAGUACUUUCAUUGAA